UUUUUUUGGGUGGUGUUUUUUUUUUUUUUUUUCUUUGGGGGUUCGGAUUUUCAAGCUGAGCGCGGACACCGGCAGCGCGUAUUUGUGCGCAGCAAAGAAAAAAAAAAACAGAAGAUCGUUAUCGCCCUCCGUCUUAUUGGGUGCUUUAAUGGAAACGCGCAAUCAUAAAAAAUGGUUGCAUUUGGAGAGUCUCCGUGAACGCGAUCGCCUCCUCUUGACAUCGGUGCGUCAGGAGAGACACCUCAGCUAGCUGUGGACUCUUGGGUUGGGUGUGAAGUCUUCGCUCUGCUGAGGCUGCUGCUGCUGCUGGAGUGAAGGUGACUUGCGCCCCGUCGCAGUCGAGGCAAUGCGGAGAGGAGUCACGGGCGCUCAUCCGGCACUUCUCCUGCGCUUUCAGGCUCGUCUGGGAAAACGCUCGCUCCCUCUCCCACAUUAGAGACGUGUGGGGGGAGAGAGAAAGAACGCGAGGGGGAUAGAGCAAUAACAGUAAUCGAGGUUCAAAAAAAAGAAGGAAAAAAAAAAAAAAGAAAAACCUCCCCCAGCCAGUAGUUGGCGAAGGUGAACUGAGCGCAAAGCGGAGGAGAGGAUAAGGUGAACAGUUAAGGUGCAAAGGGGGGUUGGCGAGGCAGGAAGAGAGAAAGUGGUUGGAGUUUGGAAGGUGGGGGGAUAAGACCAAAAAAAAAAAAAAAAUCGUUCUGUCCUAGGGCUGUUUUAAUAGUGGAUGUGUAUGCAUGAGUUCUGCAUCGAAUGGGCGCAAAAACCGCCCCAGAUCCGCCGGGAACAUCUUCCAGAUCGGCAAGCCUCCUUACCGAGACCCACAGAGGAGGGAGAGCACCGAAAGUACCCGCAAAGCCCAGCGAGCCGUGGCCGACUGCAGAAUGAUCGUCCAAGAAUUCAAUACACUCGUGGCUCUGUACCGUGAGCUGGUCAUCUCCAUCGGCGAGAUCACCGUCGACUGUCCUUCCUUACGGGCAGAAAUGCUCAAGACCCGAACUAAAGGCUGCGAAAUGGCGAGAGCGGCUCACCACAGCCUCUCCUUGAUAUCCGGGCCAGAGGACGGGGAGAUCCACCCUGAGAUCUGCAGGCUGUUCAUCCAGCUGCAGUGCUGUCUGGAGAUGUACAUCACAGAGAUGCUCAAAUCUGUCUGCUUGUUGGGAUCCCUGCAGCUCCACCGGAAAGGUAAAGAGCCGUGUGGUCCUCCAGGAGUCGACAGUAAGAUCGAGGAGAGCUCAGACAUCCCCAUCCUGGAGGACACGUCUUCCUCCCCGACUGACUGUCCUCAGCUCUGCUGGCUGGUGGCCACUGACAUAGAAAACAUAGAAAAGGAUAUGAGAGAGAUGAAGAACCUUCUCAGUAAACUCAGGGAGACAAUGCCUUUACCACUGAAGAACCAAGAUGACAGCAGUUUGCUGAACCUGACUCCCUACCCGCUUGUCCGACAGAGGAAGAGGCGGUUCUUUGGGCUCUGUUGCCUGGUAACCAGCUAAGGGCCCCGCCUUCGUGGGUAGGAGGCAGCAACAAAGACACCAUUACCCACUGUCCUUCACCACUUGUGUCUCCCACCAAUCUAUUACUGCCAUUUUCAAAUAAAUUGUCUCUUUCUUCUUUUUUUUAAAGGCUGCCCAUUUUAUAAUUUUAUUUUGUAAUACGAAGAAGAAUUGUAACUGCAAUGUAAUGAAAAACAAAAGUCAUGAACAUAUAUUUUAAGAUAUUUUGCAACAGAUUCUCCCUUUUUUGGUAAAUGAAGUCAGAUAUCUGCUUGUCCAAUGUAAAAGCGAAUGAGAGGCCAUCCGAAAACAAUGUCAAUGUUCAAUUACUUCCACGAGCCUGAGUGAGUGCGAUGACGAUUCAUGUUUUAAAAAAAGGGAAUAUAAAUGUCUGUUUUGUCAGAAAUCAUGUGAUAACUUAUGAAUAGACGCCGUUCGAAAAUAUUUGAGGAUGGCACUUGCAAAGACAAAGUUAUACCUUCGUCUGUCUACUACGCCGAGAUGACAGGUUUGUGCAGAAUAAGUUUGUUGUGUAUUACAGUCUCUGUUUUCUGUUUCUUGCUGUUUUUCUUCUUAAUGUACUUAAUUUAGUCUUCCAUAAACCAAGAACCUGUACCCAACUUAAACUUUCCAGCUUCGAAAAAGGAAUAUAUGAUACAAUACUCAAAAGAAAACUUCUUUGCACACAAUAUCUAUCCAUAAAUCGACAUUAGACUUGUAUAUACACAUACUCUUAACGCAAUGCUCUCUGAAUUAUUUUCAAAGUUGGAGGUGGUCAGCAAAGAAUCUGUUUGUGGGAAUAAGCUGGGAGGAUCUCUCUCCGUCUGCGGCAGACGGAGGGCAGGUAGUUCGGGGUUAAUUAAAGAUUGCGAUCAAUGUUUAUGGCACGGUGACGAUACGGUAGUCAAAGCUGAUAUAGGUCAUUUUACAUUGUUAAUAAAAACUUUUGUUAUUGAAACUUA